CGCAGACGAGGCCCAAUGGGGCGUGCGGCGGCGGCGCGGUGCGCUUCGAGGGGCGGGGACCAGGGUCGGUUGCUGGCUGGGACGGGGAGUCGGAGAAAGCUGUCGUCGCCGGAGCUGUGGUUACCUCAGCAGUGGCAGCCUCGGCCGUCGCAUCCCAGUGGGAGUUGUGUCUCCGCCACUCCGGCCCCCGCUCUCGCCUGCCGCCCCCGAAGCUCGCGUGUGCGCCCGGGAUCUCGCCAGCCCUUCGUCCUUCGCCCUGCGGGUCGCAUCUCCAGCAUCAUGUGCGGUAUAUUUGCUUACUUGAACUACCAUGUUCCUCGCACAAGACGAGAAAUCUUGGAGACCCUAAUUAAAGGCCUUCAGAGACUGGAGUACAGAGGAUAUGAUUCUGCUGGUGUGGGGAUUGAUGGUGGCAAUGACAAAGAUUGGGAAGCCAAUGCCUGCAAAAUUCAGCUCAUUAAGAAGAAAGGAAAAGUUAAGGCACUGGAUGAAGAAGUUCACAAACAACAGGAUAUGGAUUUGGAUGUAGAGUUUGAUGUGCACCUUGGAAUAGCUCAUACCCGUUGGGCAACACAUGGAGAACCCAAUCCUGUCAAUAGCCACCCACAGCGCUCUGAUAAAAAUAAUGAAUUUGUUGUUAUUCAUAAUGGAAUCAUCACAAACUACAAAGACUUGAAAAAAUUUUUGGAAAGCAAAGGCUAUGACUUUGAAUCUGAAACAGACACAGAGGCAAUUGCCAAGCUUGUUAAGUACAUGUAUGACAAUUGGGAAAGUGAAGAUAUCAGUUUUACUACAUUGGUGGAGAGAGUUAUUCAACAAUUGGAAGGUGCUUUUGCACUUGUAUUUAAAAGUGUUCAUUUUCCUGGGCAAGCAGUUGGCACAAGGCGAGGUAGCCCCCUAUUGAUUGGUGUUCGGAGUGAACAUAAGCUUUCUACUGAUCACAUUCCAAUACUCUAUCGAACAGCUAGGACUCAGAUUGGAUCAAAAUUCACACGGUGGGGAUCACAGGGAGAAAGAGGCAAAGACAAGAAAGGAAGCUGUAAUCUGUCUCGUGUAGACAGCACGACUUGCCUUUUCCCUGUUGAAGAAAAAGCAGUAGAAUAUUACUUUGCUUCUGAUGCAAGUGCUGUCAUAGAACACACCAACCGAGUCAUCUUUCUGGAAGAUGAUGAUGUUGCGGCGGUGGUAGAUGGCCGUCUUUCUAUCCAUCGAAUUAAACGAACUGCACGAGAUCAUCCUGGAAGAGCUGUACAAACCCUCCAGAUGGAACUCCAGCAGAUCAUGAAGGGCAACUUCAGUUCAUUUAUGCAGAAGGAAAUUUUUGAGCAGCCAGAGUCUGUUGUGAACACAAUGAGAGGAAGAGUCAACUUUGAUGACUAUACUGUGAAUUUGGGUGGUUUGAAAGAUCACAUUAAAGAGAUCCAAAGGUGUCGGCGUUUGAUUCUUAUUGCUUGCGGAACAAGUUACCAUGCUGGUAUGGCAACACGUCAGGUUCUUGAAGAGCUGACUGAGUUGCCAGUGAUGGUGGAACUAGCCAGUGACUUCCUGGAUAGAAACACGCCAGUCUUUCGAGAUGAUGUUUGCUUUUUCAUUAGUCAAUCAGGUGAAACAGCAGAUACCCUGAUGGGUCUUCGUUACUGUAAGGAGAGAGGAGCUUUGACUGUGGGGAUCACAAAUACAGUUGGCAGUUCUAUAUCAAGGGAGACAGAUUGUGGAGUUCACAUUAAUGCUGGCCCUGAGAUUGGUGUGGCCAGUACCAAGGCCUACACCAGCCAGUUUGUGUCCCUUGUGAUGUUUGCCCUUAUGAUGUGUGAUGACAGAAUCUCCAUGCAAGAGAGACGCAAAGAGAUCAUGCUUGGAUUGAAACGGCUGCCUGAUUUGAUUAAGGAGGUCCUAAGCAUGGAUGAUGAAAUUCAAAAAUUGGCAACAGAACUUUAUCAUCAGAAGUCAGUCCUGAUAAUGGGAAGAGGCUAUCAUUAUGCUACUUGUCUCGAAGGGGCACUGAAAAUCAAAGAAAUUACUUACAUGCAUUCGGAAGGCAUCCUUGCUGGUGAAUUGAAACAUGGCCCUCUAGCCUUGGUGGAUAAGUUGAUGCCUGUUAUCAUGAUCAUCAUGAGAGAUCACACUUACACCAAAUGUCAGAAUGCUCUUCAACAGGUAGUCUCCCGGCAGGGGCGCCCUGUGGUAAUUUGUGAUAAAGAGGAUACUGAGACCAUUAAGAACACAAAAAGAACAAUCAAAGUGCCCCAUUCAGUGGACUGCUUGCAGGGCAUUCUCAGUGUGAUCCCCUUACAGUUGCUGGCUUUCCACCUUGCUGUGCUGAGAGGCUAUGAUGUUGAUUUCCCACGGAAUCUAGCCAAAUCUGUAACUGUAGAGUAAAGAGCAUCGGAAACUUGGGAUGAUUAAGCAACACAAGACACCUUUUGUAUUUAAAACUUUGAUUUGAAAUAUCACCCCUGGAAGCCUUUUUUAGUAAAUCCUUAUUUAUGUAUCAGUCAUAAUUAUUCCACUAAAUUUGUGAUUUUUGUGAAAUUGCCUCAUAUUUUUCCAGUACUGUGUGUGGGAGUUUGAAUAAUGAAAUCUAUAUUAGAAUCUGUAUCCAGAAAGAUUUUAGCUGUCAUUUUCUUUAGAGAACUGGGUAUUGAACUUCUGAGUCCUUCCCUUCCAUCUGGGAGGAUUAUGUUUUUAAACUCUUAUGUUCUUAUGUUUUUAAACUCAUUGGCAUUUGUUUUACCAGGGUUCUAUUCAUUCAGACCAAUGAAAGAGUGGUUCAUUUAAUUGGAGUAUCUAAAGGCAGUGACAAUGUAUGCUAAAACUUGGACAUUUACUGAAGGUUUCGCUAAGUUAUAUAUAAAUAGAUACUGUGAUUUAUUUUGAAGCUUGUUCCUGUUUUGUUUUUAAAUCAAAUUGAAAACUUUUCUUGGUAGGAUUUAUAUGUAAGUUUAAUUACCUUAUUUCUCAAACGUCUUUUAUCUGUAAGUGGAACUAAUUUAGGAAGCAAAAUGUUAUAGUAGUGCAUUGGUGUUAUCCAACCCUUAAUAGAACAUAUGUACAUAGUUUUAUAGUACAGACUUUGAAUUUGAACUGCUUUGGACAACUGACAAUAUGAUUUUAAAUUUGAAAAUGAGGUGUUGGAUAUCCUACUCUUGUUUUUUCAUUUCCUAAAAGUAGUUUUUAUUUCCUUAUAUCUGUAGUUUUUAUUUUUAAAUAACUGUUGAAGGAUAUUAUUUAUCUCUUUUUUUUAAUCACAACACAGAGCUGCUGUCAAAUCAAUACUGAUAUAAGUAUUCUCUUCAAUUUUGUCCCAAGGAAGAAUUUUCUGCAGUUAAUUUAACUUCUUCCAUUUCAUUGUUACAUAACACUAAUACCCAGUUUAGAACUUCCUUGCAAUUAUUUGGAAGAUUUGCAAGUCUUUGACUAAUCAUUUGACUUUAAAUGUGUAUGGUAGGCUAGGCUCAGAAAGAUAAUAUGCUUUAUACUGCUAUUAAUGAAGAGUGGCAUCAGUUGAGUGUUACUUCCUACGUGUUUCUUCUGAAUGUAUUUUCUGUGUUCAAUCCCUGCAGUUAAUCUAGGAAUGAAGGUGCUGUUAAUAUGCAUUCAGGUUAGCUAGUGUCAGUUUGACAAUUUUGAUUAAAAUAUUUAAAAUAGUGUGAUACCCCGUAAUGUUACUAAUAAUUUCUUCACAGAGCUUUUUGGGCCAGAUCUUGGGGGCUACAGAAGAAUAUAUGUUAUGGGGUUAUAAUUUGGUUAAGUCCUUUUCUUCAAAAAUUUUCACUUUUAAAUUGUGAAGGUGAAAUAUUUAGUAUGAUUAUUAAGCUCAGUCAUUUCUUCUUUUUGUAUUUGAACUUCUUGAUAAAGUUAAGAUUUUGUAAUAGGUAUUAUUGUUGCAAGAAAAGCACAGAAUUCUGCUUGUGUUUGAGGGUUAGAGAAGGAAUUGACAUAUUUUGAGGUAAUGUAGAAGGACCUUCAGUGUUGGAGAUAGAAACCUAAUUGUUUUAGAAGAUAAAGUCAUUACAUCUAUUUAGCUACUAUAGCUAUUCUUAACUAUUGUUUCUAAGAUUAUUUUGUAUAAGCCUGCUAGUUUUAGUAUGUGUGUAGUGUCACUUCUUAUGUUUGGUAUAAUAGCAUUUGACACACAUGAAUUGUAUGGGUUUGUAGGAUCUCUUUUAAAUUAUUUUAAUGAGAUAAUUUUGUGUAUCAUUAUGGGAUACAGUGUGGUAUUUUAUUACAUUUACACAUUGUGAAAUGAUCAACUCAGGAUGCUUAGGUUAUCUAUCAUCUCAAUCAUUUAUCAUUUCUUAGUGAUGAGAACAUUCAGAGUCCUGUCUUGUAGCCACGUUGAGGUACUCUCUUCAGUGUUGUUGACUGUAAUAAUCAGUCUGUGUAAUAGAAUGCCAGAAUUAUUCCUCCCAUCUGGUUGUGACUUUGACUUUGUACAUGUUGACCAGUCUGCCCCUUCACACACACAUUCCAAGCUAGGGUAUGUUCUAAACUGAAUAUAGACCAAAAUAAAGAACAAAGUGGUAUUUUCCAAAUAAAUAUGGUUUCUCUUCCCUCUUUUUUCUUGCUUUCUACCCCAUUUAAUGUAAUGGUUUUUAAAUGCUUUUAUAGAGUAAUUCUUAAUACAAAAAAUAUUAUAAUUAGGCAAGCCACUGAGUGAGCAUACCAGCUAAAAUCACUGUAAUAUAGGACACAAAAAUUUGAAUUUUCAAAAGAAAUUCUCUGAAAAAAUAUUCCUUUAUAUAAAAAGUUCUGUCUUGUAGUGCAUUUGAAGUUUAAAAUCACUCACAUAUUAUUACUGUUUUAGGCAGGUGGACAUGUGUAGUAUCUAACACAUGGCCCAGUAAAUGGUUAUUACUUUGAAGUUAGCUUUUCUGCUUUUUUUUAAUCACCAGGAGUAAAGAUCAUAGAAAAAUUAAUGUUAAUUAUUUUUAAUUUAUCACAACUAUUUCAACAGGUGUUUAUUCAUACCUAUUAUGAGCAAGUCACUGUUUUAGGCAUUAAAAAUAACAUCCUUAGAGCCAAGUCAUUUUGCUUCCAAGUGGCCUCAUUACUUGUGAAGACUGAGUUCACAGGAAGGCACAGGAUAAGAGUGGGAAGAUGGAGGUGAGCUGAGUUUUUAAUGCUGUGAGUGAGUGGAUUUGUUUACUUAAAUAAUAGUUCAAAUUUUGGGAUAUAUCAUUUCAUAAGAAGUGAAAUGCACUUGUUCAGUAAGCUAUCAUCACAGGCUAUAAAUGAUACAUUCUCUAUGGUACUCUAAAGCAGCAGUCAUUAAUGUACAAAGACAAAAAAUAAAGGUUCUUGCUCAAAGGGAACUGGCACAGGAUGAUGUGUAGAUUGGCUGUUGAUUGAGUGAGCUAAUACAAGCUUUUUCUUUUAGAUAUUUUAGCAGGUGGCUUCUGUAAGGAAAUUGUCAUCUUAUUUUUGAAUCUAGGUCUCUCAUCCUGAUUUCCUUCUGUUUUUGACUCCUUGGUAAUAGUCCUCUGACAUUUAUUUCUAUUACUCUUCAAAGAAAGAAAACCAGCUGAAGUGUUUGCUUUAACAUGUCUUAAGUCCCUUGGAGAUCAGUUUUUUCUCUUCUUUUUUUCAGUUAGGAUAUUCUAUAGCAAUAAAAGAGGAAGACUGAUGGUACCUAUUGAUUGUAUGCUACAAUUUAAGUGAUUUUUUUAAAAAAAGCACAAUACCUUUGAGAAGUAUUUAUUGAAAAAUGAUCAUAGUUCACAUUGAUUUUGGGGAGGCCAAAGAAAUUUAAUAGAAUGAUAAAGAUACUUGUUUUACAAUAUCCACAUGUUUAGUACAUUUUGUGUAUGAGAAUACCAGGCAGAGUAUUUUCCCCAUGGAAAUAGAUUUAAGAUUUAUUUUUACUGUUAUUAGAGUCUCAAGUUUAGAAGUUUUAACACAUAAAUCAUUUUCCCCCACUAUAUUUAAAUGUUACGAAUUUAAACGUAUCUUUAAAUUUGGGACAGUGACAACCCAGUAAUAUUGAGAGUUAAAAUUAUAGUUAACUCACAGAAUUGUUAAAUUUUACCAUAUUAACCUGUAAGUCUGUAAGUUUGGUAUCAAAAUUUAUGUAAUAAACCAUAAGUAAUGGCUAAUGAGAAUAUCUUAGGAAAUUCUUAAAUUACCUUGGUUUCUACACUGGUUUUCAGAAUGAAUGUAGAAAUGAUCUUGUUAGCUUUUUGAAUGUUCUGUAGUUGUAUGUGUUUUUGCUUAAAUAAAACUUCUGGUAUUUAAAUUAUACUUUUAGGGGAGGGGUUAGAAUCAUCUUUGCUUUGUUUCUGUUUUGUGUUCUUUAAAAUGAAAGUUUAAUUUUCAGAGCGAGUUGGUUACUUUGUCCUCUCGUCUUGUUAAGUCCAGUGACUCUAAGCUAGAACUGUGAAUAAAUUACCAAAAACUUGCUGAGAAUUUCAUUUUGAAGCAAUUUGCCAAUAUUUGAAGUUUAUACACACACACACACACACACACACACACACAUAUAUAUGUAUAUGUAUAUAUAUAUAUAUAUAUAGUGGUUUUUAAAAUUAUGCUGUACUAAGAAUGUAGGCAAUGUUUUACAUUAGUUAUUAGUAAACAUUUCUGAUACUGAAAGGUUCAUUACUGUUGCUUUUAUAAAUAAUUAUACAUAAGUGUAAGCAAAAUACUAAAAGCCACAUGUCUCUCUACACCAGAUUCUCAGUUGUUCUGGAAAGGAUCAUCAUAUAUGGCUAUGUACUCUUUCUGAUAUCAUACUCUAUAGGUACUAUACCUUCUCAAAUUACCUUAAUUUUUUGUAAUAAUCUGUAGCAAAUUUCCAGGGUUAUGCUAGGAUUAAAACUUUUAAGUGCAUCAGUAGUUGUAAAAGAAUAUAUACGGGAGUGGCAAGACAAUCUAAAGUUUCAGUGUACCUGUCAAUCUGUUAAUUAUAGAACAAAGAUCCCCUUUACAGAAUCCUUUCAUAAACAGCGAGCUAGACUCUUUCCCUAGUGGGUACAGCACUUGCUCUGUUUUGCAGGAGACUCAGACUAGUGUGGUUCAAAUGAAUAGAUGUUCUGUCUGGCCUGUCCACUCAGUGAGGUCUCUGCAUCCUCUCAUUCCUCCCUCACGCUCGCACUCCCCCUCUUCAGCAAAGCCUCAGAUUGCCUCACCAGUGUGCAUCAUUUUUUCCACAGGCUUCACUUCCGAUAUAAAAUUGAGCUUUACUUCUACUGAACAGUUUUUGGUAAAUUCUCCUGAAUUGACUCUAAGUAUUCACUGAGUGUUUAAUAAAGAGCAAGAAAUAAUUUCUCUAAAAAGUAAAAGGCCACUUUUCAUCACGUGGCCUUUAGAGAAAAAAACAGUUCUUUAAACUUUUUGGAUAAGGGAAAGAAGUACAGAUUAAGUUUCUUAUUAAUCUAUAGGCCAAUAUGUCUCAUUUUUUAAGGUGUUAUAGGAGCAUUAUAAACUUAAUAACAUCUUGGAAAUAAAAACUAAUAAAAACUAAUCUUGUGCUUAUACACAGAAAAAUAAUCAGAUUAUGAGUUAUUUAGUCAGCUCAUCCUUCCCAGAAAGUAUACAUGUAGUAAGAUAAAUUCAUUCUCUUUUUGGUGAGCAUGUAUGAAACAGAUUAUUUUAAGAUUGAAAGGCAUAUUUGUGAACUUCAUGGUACAUGAUUCAUUGCUGACAUUCUAAGGUUUGCCUAUGUAUUUUCUCAUAGAGAAUGCUGCUGUGUAACCAUAUUUUCCUUUUUAUGUUUCAGAAGACAUUGAAUAUGAAGUAUGGAUGUGUAAUUAAAAAUAUGGAAUAAAAAUGGAGCUUUUAAACAGAGAAAUACUCUCUGGAUUGAAUUAUAGUUUCUCCAUUUAUUUAUCAACCUGACUCUAUAUGUGUAAAAUUAAAAAGUCUGUGAUAAUUAGGAUGAAAAUAAGUGGCAUAUUUUCAUGUUUUUAAUUUCUGGCAUAUACUGAGUGAUAUAGAAGCAUUCAACAAUUUAAAAACCAAAGCUACCAAAUAAGUUGUAUAAUGAAAUUCAUAAACAUAAAAAUUUAACAGCUGUUGUAUAUUCUUGGGUUCUUUACGAGUUAAUUUUUACCUCUGUCACCUUUGUAUGUUUUGAAAUGGAGGCACAUAGUGAGAUCUUGGGAGGCAAAUUGUGAGUAUUCCCAAGCAUAAAAUACUGAGAAUUUCAGAUCCGUUAUACCUAAAGAGCAAAUGAGGGAAGCAGUAUUGCUUUACUAACAAACUGCUUUGUCCUUAACUUACAUUUUCCUAAUUUGUGAGACUCAAAGGUUGAUAUGCAUUAAUAGUAUGAGAUUGUCAUACAACAUACAAGCUACAGAGACUUAGAUGUAUCCAGAUCACUAUAGUUUCUGCCUUUAGCUCCCUUCCAGGUGAUGUUGUGGUCCUCAUUCUAAUAUGGCAUCAGUUAUUGGUGUUUUUGGAUGCCAAAUUCAAUGUGAGAUGGACAGAUAGAAAGCUUAAUAUAUUGUCUUUAAUGCCUUACUGGGAAGGAAAAUGUCUGAGACAAUAAAGGCUUAGAUUCUAGGCAAAAUAAAAUUGCACUAUAUCUGAGUGUUUUUCUGUUAGACCUGAAUAUAUCUAGCCAGUUUGACUUACGGAGUUAAAAAAAAAAAAGCCCUGUUGUAUUUUGUAUGUAGAAUUGUUUUGAAGUAUCAAGCAUAUUUGCUUUGAAUUUUAUCUUGUGCUUUCUUUUUUUAUCCUUUGAAUAAAAUGUAAACCCAG